UCGCCUCCGCGCUGCUCCCUGCGAACUGCCCAGGCUGCCAUGGCCCCCGCCGGCGCCCCGUCCGCGYUGCCCCUGCUCCUGGCUCUGCUCGGGGCUCUGCUCCCAGAGCCUGGAGAUGCCCAAACGUCGGUCUUCCCCACAGAAGCCACUCUGCCCCGAGGAGGCUCUGUGCUGGUGAACUGUAGUUCAACUUGUGAAGAGAAGGCCUUCUUGGGCCUGGAGACUCCGCUGACCAAGGAGGAGCGGGACAAAGGGCACAACUGGAAGGUGUUCGAACUGAGUGACGUGGAGGAAGACAGCAAGCCGAUGUGCUUCUCCUUCUGUGGCUCAAACCAGACAUUAGCUGUGGUUUCCCUCACCGUGUACAGGCUCCCGGAGCACUUGGAGCUGUUACCCCUUCCCCCCUGGCAGCCGGUGGGCGAGAACCUCACCCUGAAAUGCCAGGUGAAGGGCGGGGCACCCCGGGCCCAGCUCACCCUGGUGCUGCUCCGUGGGGAGGAGGAACUGAGCCGGCAACCUGCGGUGGGGGAGCCAGCAGAGGGCACCGCCACSGUGCUGGCGGGCAGAGGUGACUAUGGUGCCAAGUUCACGUGCCGAGCCGAACUGGACCUGCGGCCCCAAGGACUAGGAUUCUUCCAGAACACCUCGGCCCCCAGGCAGCUCYGGACUUUUGUCYUGCCGAUGACUUCCCCACAGCUUGAGACGCCCAGGAUCCUGGAGGUGGGCACAUCRGAGAAAGUGGUCUGCUCCAUGGGUGGGCUGUUUCCAGCUUCAGAGGCCCGGGUCCACCUGGCCCUGGGGGACCACAGGCUGAACACCACAGUCACGUACAACGAGGACUCCGUCUCAGCCACAGCUUGGGUGGAGGGGACUGCAGAGAACAAGGGUGACCAUGCGCUGGUGUGUGCAAUCAUGCUGGGGAACCAGAGCCAGGAGUCCUGGAGGAACCUGACAGUCUACAGUUUCCCAGCUCCCAACCUGACCCUGAGCGAGCAGGAGGUUUCAGAAGGGACCCAGGUGGAAGUGGCGUGUGAAGCCUCCGUUGGCCUCAGGGUGAGGCUGAGCGAGGCCCCAGCUGAGCCAUGGGCCCCGAGCGUCCAAUUCCUGCUGAACGCCACAGCUGAGGACCACGGUCGCCACUUCUCUUGCUCUGCUGCCUUGGAGGUGGCUGGGCACGUGCUGUACAAGAACCAGACCAAGGAGCUUCGGGUCCUGUACGGGCCCCGACUGGACGAGAGUGACUGCCUGGGGAACUGGACGUGGCCAGAAGAGACCAACCAGAACCUGUCGUGCCAGGCAUGGGGUAACCCGGUCCCUCAGCUGACCUGUCUUCGGGAAACGGAUAGGGCUCCGCUGCCCAUUGGGGACCUGAGACCUGUCAAGAAGCAGUAUGAGGGCACCUACCUCUGCAAGGCAGAGAGCCCUCGUGGAGCGGUGGCCCGGAAGGUGUUCUUGACCGUGCUCACAGCCGGGAAAAAUGUGCUCAUCAUCGUUCUGUUGACGGCUGGGGCCAUCCUGGGCGCUGUGGUCGCGGCCAUUUACCUCUAUAACCGCCAACGGAAGAUCAAGAUAUACAAGCUCCUGAAGGCGCAGGAGGCCGCYGCCGCCCUGAAGCUGAAAACACAGGCCACGCCCCCCUGAGCACACCCCAAGACAGGGCCUCCUUCUCGCCRCCCCCUCAUCUGCAUGGUGUUGCACGAAAGAGAAUGGUGGUCAGAAGCCAUUUGGCUACGUCCACCUCCUCAGGGUAACAGGAUAGGACCGUGGCCUGAGGAUGCAGACAACAUUUGGUGUCGGGGCAUCUGCACAAAUAGGAUCUCCAGGCCUCACACCUGACCCGCAGUCACAGUCUGUGCCAAAAGGAGACGCCAAGACCUGGACACAUGUAGGAUCUGACCAGGACAGUGGGGGAGUGGUGGCCGUGGACCUUGUGGAUCCCCAGCCUGGAAAUACCGAGGUCCGCUCCCUACUGCCUAUGCGGGGCCCYGCAGCCCCAAGGAAGAAUAAACCCACAGACCUAGGUAGCAGUGAAACAAAAAGGCCCAUACAUCCUCUAAGGCUCUGACACUGCUGUCCAGUUGUCCCCAACUCUUGAUGAUGAUGUAUUUAUUAAUUUGGUAUUUUGCCAGCUAUUUAUUGCCUACCUUUUAUGUAGUCUACAAUGGUGAACAAGGUGAACACAGGUUCUCACUCUCA